AUGGCCGCACCAGUGACAAGUCUGCCGGCAGUGAAACUUCCUACUGCCCCUUCGCCAAUUACACCUGAACAACGAUAUUGGAAAGGAUUUCGCUCACAGCAACUCAUUCCAUCACCAACGAAUUAUCCUAUUACGCAUAUAUCAUUCCCUCCUCCACCAACAAACGCUUUACUGCCCUCCAGCAAUGAUUAUUUCUGUGUGACGACCGGUACCCGACUUCAAAUUUACUCGAUUCGCACACGAAAAUUAGUAAAGACUAUUACUCGAUUUUCAGAUGUUGCGCAUAGUGGAGAGAUUCGACGAGAUGGACGUGUAAUGGUGGCAGGUGACGAAACUGGAAAGAUACAAGUCUUUGAUGUGAAUUCAAGAGCUAUUUUAAAAACAUGGGACGAACAUAAGCAGCCUGUCUGGGCGACAAAGUUUUCACCAACAGAAUUGACAACUCUCAUGAGUGCUAGUGAUGACCGGACUGUUAAGCUUUGGGACCUGCCAAGUCAAGAAAGUACAACAACUUUCACUGGGCAUACGGAUUAUGUUAGAAGUGGUGCUUUUAUGCCUGGGUCGAUGUCAAAUAUGGUCUUGACUGGUAGUUAUGAUGAGACUGUUAGACUUUGGGAUCCUAGAGUUCCAACUAGAGCAGCUAUGACCUUCAAGCAUGCUGCGCCAGUCGAAACUGUACUUCCUAUGCCUUCAGGUACAACGGUUCUUGCUGCAGCGGAUAAUCAAAUCUCAGUCCUUGAUUUGGUCGCAGGAAAGCCAUUGCACAUUAUCAAGAAUCAUCAGAAGACGGUCACAUCGUUGUGCCUCGCAUCGAACGCUACGAGAUUGGUUAGUGGUGGUUUGGACGGGCAUGUGAAGGUUUUCGAGACCACUGGAUGGAAUGUUGUUACUGGAUUGAAAUAUUCAGCUCCUGUUUUAUCAGUCAACAUUGUUAGUUCUGGUGCUAAUCGAGAGGAUAAACAUUUGGUUGUGGGUAUGCAAUCUGGGGUAUUGUCAAUCAAAACGCGUCUAUCAGGUCAACAAAAAGUUAAGGAGAGAGAAAGGGCGAAGGAGAUGCAAGCAUUACUCGAUGGCACAUUAGAAGAAUAUGACAAGAAGAACAAGAAAAGGAAACAUACUAGCGGGGUAGAGAAGAGGCUUAGAGGCAUGGAUUUCAUGGGUGAAGGGGCAGAUGUGGUAAUUGAGGGUAAUACACGUUCAACAAAGCGGAAAGUUCCAGAAUGGGAGCGUGAACUUCAACAAGGGAGAUAUCAUCAAGCACUAGACUGUGUGCUUCAGAAGGGCCUACCCGCAGUCACUGUUCUUACACUUCUCACAGCUCUACGACACAGAAGUGCCAUGCGAGCAGCGUUUGAGAAGCGUGAUGAGACUACGAUACAACCGAUUUUCAAAUGGGUGUCGAAGCAUAUUACUGAUCCUCGAUACGUUCCUAUAUGUACUGAUGCUGCUAUGUUGCUCUUAGACAUAUACGCAGAGUAUACCUGUGAUUCGCCAGAUCUGGAACACCAGAUCAGAUUCUUACAUCGACGCGUAAGAGCGGAAGUGGAAAGGUCACAAAAGGCAAUGCAGGUCAAGGGUAUGCUAGAUUUGCUUGUGGCUGGGGUAAAAUAA